UCGCGCCGCCGCGAUUCACGUUUUCCGUUUCCGGUGCCGUGAAAACAAAACAAGGAUGCUGUCUCUAGGACUGUGUUUGUAAGCGCGUAGUUUGGUUUUUGAUGUGUAAUCCCUAAGUUAUGUUAUCAGUGACCGGUCUAUAGAUUAAGGACAUGCUUGUUGUUCAUUCGAUAAGGGAAGAAUGAUUUUAGUUGGACUUCUUGCCAUUACGUUACCGAUAUCUUUGGUAUUUUGGACGACAUCGGUCAUCUCUUCCUGGUACUCCGAAGAUGUGGUACCGCCUAGUCCAUUACGUUGGUUUACAUCGUUGUUCGUCCCACUUGCCUUCGCAGUCUGGGGUUACCGAAAACGAAGCUUGAAUUUAUCUGGUGCCCUAACAGGGUUUGGCCUAGGUUUUGUGCUCACUUUUAGCAAUUAUUCCUUCUUGGCCGCCCUUGUCACCUUCUUUGUUAGCUCCUCUAAAGCAACCAAAUACAGAAGUGCCAGGAAGAGAAAGUUUGAACCCGAGUUCAAAGAAGGAGGUCAACGAAACUGGGUGCAAGUUCUUUGUAAUGGGGGCGUGGCAACAGAGCUGGCUCUGCUGUACGUACUGGAGUGUGGUGUAGGAGAGAAGGUGAUCAAUCCCAGGCACAGUUGGCUGGGCUCCAUGCUUGCUCUCGGGGUGAUGUCUGCAUUGGCAGAAAGCUGCGGUGACACAUGGGCAUCAGAGCUGGGCACAGUGUGCGCAAACGGCGACCCCUACCUGGUCACCACCUUCCGCAGGGUGCCUAAAGGUACCAAUGGCGGAGUGUCCCUAACUGGCACGGUAUUCAGUGCCUUGGGGGGAGCCCUGGUGGGAUCUGUCUACUACUUGACACUUCUGCUGUGCGUCAGCAGGGAUACCCUCGUGGACAGCCCACCGCAGUGGCCCCUUGUUGUGGCAGGAGCCGCAGCUGGUCUUCUGGGCUCCUUCAUCGAUUCCGUCCUUGGUGCCACCCUCCAAUAUACAGGUGUAGAUGCAUCAACAGGGCGCAUAGUGGAAGAACCGAGGCCAGGCGUCAAACACGUUUCUGGCGUCGCUAUUCUCGACAAUCAUUCAGUCAACCUGAUUACAAACCUGGCCACUGCCCUCAUGAUACCCUGGCUUACCCUACAUCUCUUCCCACUCUUCCACUGAUCUGCUGGCACUGCUACACGAAUAUCCACUGGUGACGCCUUUGUAUGGGCGCCAUGGAAGCUUUGAGGUUAACCUCAAAAGCGAGAAAAUUAUUUUUUGUGAUAUUAAGGCACUUCACAGUUCCCGCACGAUGAUAUGAAACAUCUUCCCACAGUGUCGCAGCCCUGCAUUACAAAAUGUUAUUUUCUUUUAAAUAUCUUAAUUAGGUAACUGGCUUUAUAGUAUAAGUUGAUUGACUUUCGACCACAAAGCGACAAGCUACAAAAUGACAGAGACAGAGAUCCAUGUUCAGUGAGAAACAUGAUGCAGCCGAACAAUCUUGUGUGUUCCGCUGUAGGCACCCGGUUGUUGGAAAACAAGAAUCCGUGCAUGGGUUGCUAUGGGGUCCCCCCGAGGAUAAAACCUGAGUUUUACACUCUUAUAAUAGUGCUUGGUGGCCAUCAGUCAGUCAACAUGUCUCGCACCUGAUGUUAGCCGUUCAGUGUGAUUUGGUGUGUUUGACGUCUAACAUGUUAUUUUGGACUGUGCAGCUAUCAGUAACAUUCCUUGCUACUUCACUCAGUGGGCCUCUGUCGGGAACUUUCUUUCUGUAGAUAGGAAAUUACCAACGCUCGAGCGAAAACACGGGUAAAUUUCCUGCGACUAGUCGAAAUACCCGUAGAAAAAAAGAAUUAUGCAGCUACAAAUCACUUCAAGGACUACGGAUAUGUAAUGUUAAUGGCUGUUACCCUCAACUUACAUAUGCUGGAAAGUAACUGUUCCGAGGCUGAAACCAUGCCCUACUAGAUUACAGCGACCAUAUCAUGUGGACCCCUUCCCAGCGCCGCAUUUGGAGGCUAGCGGUGGCGCUACUCAUCAGGUACCAGUUAUUGCUUCCGCAAUUUCUACAAUGCUCUGCGCUUUAGCUUACCUUAGCAUUUCUGUACAAGCGGUGAAUGUCCCACAGGCAAUGCCUCUUUCUAAAGUUGAUUAUCAUCAUCAUUCUACGCGUUCUCAUAGGAGCUGUUGCUGUCGUCUGCUAUGGUAGUCGUACAUACGCUUCUGCGCGUUCAAAAUUCAAAUUUCCAUCGUCCAAUCAUGAUGCAGAUCUCGUGGGCCGAUGAGUAGCGCCCCUAGCGGAUCGUGCGGACGGGCUCCUCAUUGAAUCUGCCAAUCAUGACAUGGUCGCUAUAAUCUAGUAGGUCUAGUAGGCUGACAUACAAACAGACACAUAUUCAAUUGUUACAUAUGUGGUGUUCACAAACGUUUCUAAUGCUUCAUAGAAACGCAUUGACGUUUACGGUUACUAAACAGAUUUCUUUUUCUCGAAACCUAAGCGAAGCAUUAGCUGUUUACUCAUGUGCAACAUGCACUUGAUGUGCAAAUGGCAGGAUGAGACAUAAGUCUCGUGCGUGCCCGAGGUAAAAUGUGCAAUGUGUUUUCAAAUGCAAGGCGUGGAAUGUGUUUUCAAAUGACAGCUUAAGGAUCGAUGGAAGCUCAUUCGACAUCAUGCGCUGCUGCCUCCGUUGUUUCAAAUAUUUGUCGUCGUCUCGUUCAUGUGUAUCUCUGUGCCUGUUGAGAAAGAACAUAACUGUACUUAGCUGUUACGAUCUCACUGUUACUCACCGUGUUAAUCUCAAAUGUUGUGCUGGACUUCUGGUGCCAAUCACUUGGGUAAGACUGACACUCAAAAGUGCAAUAUACAUUCCAGAAGCAGGGGUUGACAAGAGCGGGCCUUUUUGAACAAGGAACAUAAUUAUGCUUCUGACAACGAAUGGCUGCUUUGCAAUCUACAGCUCAGUUUUUAUACAGCACAAUUGAGAUUUUAUGAUAGCGUUGAUAAUGCAAAUGUUUGAUCUCAGAGUUGUUGUCUGCCUUGAAGGCUGUUCAAGUUUUGAACUUCAUUGCGAAGAGGGGGUCAAACUCUUGUUCAGACAAGAGUGUAACGCAAAUUUCUUAUCUAACAGUUCUUAUGGUUACUAUGUACUCUUGUUCUUUUGUCGAAAGUAUCUCUGACGUAGCGGUGACGUAAGAUUUGUGCACUCGUGCUGCCAUCACAGGUGAUAUAAGUCUGCAGAUACGCAGUCUUUAUUCUAUGAGAUGUUAUUUGAUAAGUAAGUUGUUUUAUAUGUUAUUUUGAUGUGUUUCUGGGCAUAGACUUAGUACAUACAUCUGGACAGUUGGAUGUAAUAAUGCAGCAAGAUAGCAGAGCCAAAUCUGCAGUGAAAUGUGGCUUGCCUGCAUCUAUGUGACCGUCAUGUAAUGCUCCGAGGCAUGUGAAACAUCUGUACCUGACAAGUAGCAUAUGUAAUGAAAGGUUAAUUUGUGGGCAAGUUUGAAUUACAUUUUUUAAAUAAUUAGCUUUUUGAUAUAGCAUAUGGUGAAAUGCAUUAACAUGACCAUGUCGAAUAUUUAAGUUAACCAAGACAUUGAACUAAUUAAGCUGAAAUGCGAUUUCACAUGCACAUCAGAGAACCAUAUCAAGCAAUGUCGUUAUUGCAACCGCCUGUUCAGGUGUAAAUUUUAGUAAUCAGUGCUCAACGCAUUCCAUUAGGGAUUUAUAACACAUUCACUAGGUUAGACGAAUGCAUAUUUCCCUGGGAAAAACGUAGCUGCUGCAGUUUCAACAGCAAUCCCUCCAUCUUAGCCAGAUCAGUUGUGGCAGAAGGACAGAAAACAGACAAUCAAAGCUGAAGGAGAUGAAAUGCCUAUGUACUUUAGCAAGUGUUCGCAGUUGUAGUUAUCUAACAGUGUGUGCAAUCAAUAGCGAGGAAAUUAUAUUUACAGAGUACAUCAUUGUGAGCAUGUGUCUGUGCAAUAAUGUUAUGCAUCUGUGUGUUUUUGCUCUGUUCCCUUUCAUGCCAGUAACCAGUAUGGCUUUUAAAAUGUGGACAAUCA